GAUGGCGAUUUCAUCAAAGUGCUCAGUGGCCCUGCACCUCCUGGGCUUCCUGCUUGACCUUGCAUGGCCUCUGGACCCCAGUUACCCCAACGUGUGCAGCCUAUGGGAGAGCUACACUACCUCGGUGAAGGAGUCUUAUGCACACCCCUAUGACCAGGUGUACGAGGAGUCCUGCUCCGAUGCCUGGAGUUUCUACAAGUGCACCCGGCACAGGAUCACAUACAAGACAGCCUAUCGGCAGGCGGUGAAGCUGGACUACCGCAGGAGGUACCAGUGUUGCCCCGGUUACUACGAGAGCGGGGAGAGAUGUGUCCCUCGCUGUACCAAGGAGUGUGUUCACGGGCGCUGUGUGGCACCUGACCGCUGCCAGUGUGAGGACGGCUGGCAGGGCGAAGACUGCUCCAGAGUGGCCUGCGAUGAGCUGCACUGGGGCCCAUCCUGCGAUCAGCCCUGCGGGUGUAAGAACGGAGGCCGCUGCCAUGCCGUGACUGGGGCCUGCCAGUGUCGCCCGGGAUACCGGGGACCCGGCUGCGAGGACCCCUGCCCUGCCGGUACCUUCGGCCAUGGCUGUCUGCAGCAGUGCCUGUGCGGGACGGGGGGGUCGUGCGACGGAGAGACGGGGGAGUGCCGCUGCAGAGAGGGGUUCACUGGGACCUUGUGCGAUGAAGCCUGCCCCCCCCGCCGCUGCCCCCGCCGGUGCCCCUGCCAGAACCGGGGCUUCUGCCGAGGAGAGGGGGUCUGUGUCUGUCCCCCGGGGUGGACGGGUGUGGUGUGUACCGAGCGGUGUCCGGGGGGCAGGUUCGGGGUGAACUGCUCCCGGGAGUGCGUGUGCCACAACGGGGGUGUGUGUGACGUGGAGACGGGCCACUGCACGUGUGCGGCCGGCUUCACAGGGGAACGGUCAACCUACAACACACACACACACCAGCACUGCCUCUGCCACAGCACACACACACUGAGCUGUCACCCGAUGAAAGGAGAGUGCACGUGUCGCCCGGGGUGGGCGGGGCUCUCCUGCAAUGAGACCUGCCCGCAGGGUUUCUACGGUCACGGUUGCCAGGAUACCUGCCUGUGUCUGAGCGGGGGAGUCUGUGACAGCGUCACUGGCCGGUGCCAGUGCGCCCCGGGAUACACGGGGGAGCACUGCGAGAGUCACUGUGAGAGAGGACGCUAUGGGAAGAGCUGUUCACUGCGCUGCGGCUGCAGCCCCUCCCACUCCCUGGCCUGCUCCCCCAUCGAUGGAACCUGCUUCUGCAGGGAGGGGUGGAAGGGCUCGGACUGUUCCACCCCGUGUUCCGGGGGGAGCUGGGGGCCGGGCUGCAAUGGUACGUGCCAGUGCUCCAAUGGCGCGUCGUGUAGCCCUGUGGACGGCACCUGCGGUUGCACUGCAGGAUGGACGGGGGCGCUGUGUGACCAGCCGUGUCCGGAGGGGUGGUACGGUCCGGGCUGUAAGCAGAGGUGUGACUGUCUCCAUUCGGAUGGCUGUGACGGACGCAGCGGACAGUGCCUGUGCCUGUCAGGCUGGACGGGGCCCCACUGUUCCCAGCCCUGCCCCGAGGGCACCUGGGGGCGCCGCUGCAAUCGAAACUGCUCCUGCCUCAACAGCGCCACCUGCCUGCGGCACAACGGGACCUGCGUGUGCAGCGCUGGGUACUGGGGAGACCAGUGCCAGCACGUCUGCGGGAUGGGCUCGUUCGGCCCCCGCUGUGCCACACUGUGCCCCCCGUGUUCUCGAUCCUCCGCCCCCUGUCACCACGUGACGGGAGAGUGCCAGUGUGCCCCGGGGUACGCUGGGAUACUGUGUGAGCAAGCCUGUCCACUGGGAUAUUAUGGGAAGCAGUGUGCCAGUGUGUGUCGGUGCGCCCAAAACUCCACGUGUCACCAUGUGGACGGCUCUUGCCUCUGUCCACCUGGCUGGACUGGGAGGGACUGCUCUGAGCAGUGCCGUCCCGGGACGUUUGGCCUGAACUGCGCCCAUGCGUGUUCCUGUCCCUCCAACACCAGCUGUAACCCCCAAACCGGAGUGUGCGUGUGUGCGUCCGGCCUGGGAGACAACUGCAUUCGAGGGCGGGACGUGGACCUGGUGGUGCCGGUGAGCCCGGCGGAGCCGGUGAGCUGGGGCUUCGUGGCGGGCAUCGUCCUGCUGGUGGCGCUGGUGCUGCUGCUGCUGGCGCUGCUGCUGGCCUACCGCCGUCGCCACGCCGACAAGCAGAGCCGCGUCCCCACCGUGUCCUACUCGGCCACUCGCACCGUCAACUCCGAGUACAUGGUGCCAGACGUCCCACACACGUACCACCACUACUACUACAACCCCAGCUACCACACCCUGUCCCAGAACCGUCUCCCUCUGCCCCAAAUCCCCAACAACCAGGACCGUUCUAUAAAGAACACCAACAACCAGCUCUCCUGCAACGGCAAGAACGCGGAGAGGGAGCGCCUGGGCCUGUUUGGGAUGGAGAGCAACGCCACGCUGCCCGCCGGCUGGAAGCACGACGAGGCACCCGCCCCGAAAAACCAGGGAGCUUUUGGCAUGGACAGAAGCCACAGCUAUAGCGCCAGUUUGGGCAAAUUCUACAACAAAGGUCUCUCCAAGGACUCCGCCGUGACGGACAGCAACAGCUCCCUGAACAGCGAGAACCUCUACGCCACCAUCAAGGACCUGCCCUCGCCGCUGCCCCGCCCUCAGGAGAGCGGCUACAUGGAGAUGACCCCCUUCGCCCGGCCGGAGAGGUCCUACGCCGAAAUCAGCCUACCGCCCCCGCCCCCCGUCCCCUCCCACCGGGGCGCCAAACGCUGUUCCCUUGGUAACGUCCCAGAGCAGGAGCCCCAAAGCCACUACGACCUCCCCGUCAACAGUCACAUCCCGGGACACUACGACCUCCCUCCCGUACGCCGCCCCCCCUCCCCGAAACCGCGGAGACACCCCCGCUGACCACGCCCCGAUUCACACCUCACCCAGCUGCCACAGAAAUGCACAAGAACACCGUCGGACCACCACACAGCGCACCCUGCUGGAGAGGAGGCUGUCAUUACAGGAACUAGGAGCCUACGAGUGAACACAGUGGAUGUGCGAGAAUGACUGACAGCUGCCAAUCAAGACUUUAAGGACCUCAGAUUUCCUGUUGCCCCUCACCAAGGCGGAAAUUCUUGCCUGUCAGGGGAGAUAUCAACGUCCACACAUUAGUCAUGUCCUUGUUCUGAAUGGCACUGUCCGUUGAUUGUGUACCAGCAUGUCUUUGUUGUAUAUAAAUGUACAUAAAUCUUCUUUUUGAGUCUGA